AAGAGGGCGCUAUCCUUUCUCAGAUUAGAUACAUUGACCGGAAAUACGCACGCAUUUUGAUCCGAACAACGGCUUGUGGUGACAUUUUAAAAUAACUAGCUAGCUCGCCAAGUAGUACAAGAUACAGGAAGGUGCUAGCUAGUUAGCAAGAGGGUGAAAAUAGAAUUUACCAUUAUUGUUCAUAAAGUUUACUUCGUAACAAUUUAGAGUAGUAGGCAACUUAAGAUGUUAAAGAAGUCGGGAACGUAGCUUAAGACGAACAUUUUUUAUCCAGGUUUAGUCCUGCUCAGACCCAUUCAACUGGCGUGUCCCACCAGUCUGUGCUCUCGGACAAGAGACAGAGAGGCUCUGCACUUCCCUGACAUGAAGAUGGCGGACACGGAGAAGCCUGAGGAAUUUGUGGACUCAGAGACCCCACCAGAACACCCGGAAGGAUCCGUGGCGGCUAGCGCGGGUGAUGCCGGACAGGACCAGCUUAAGACGGAGACGACCUCCCCGUCUGAGAAGGACGUUGACAGCCCCCUGCAGACGGAGCCCAGCCUGCUGUCCAUGCCCUGCCUGCUGAUGGAGCUGCGGAGGGACUCCCCGGAGUCCCAGCAGGCCUCCACAGAGAGCGAGAAGCAGCCUUCCUCCGGGCGUGCCUACGAGAGUGACUCGUCCAACCCCUGCAUGCUGUCCCCGUCCUCCAGCGGCCACCUGGCCGACUCGGACACGCUGUCCUCCGGGGAGGACGCCUCCGCGGCGCGGCCCGGGGCCGACGGCGCGGUCAGGGAGGGGGACCCCAGCGUGGCGGCCAGGGGCGCGGCGCCCACGGGUGGCAGGAAGUCCCGGAGGAUGCGGUCCGAGAGCGAAAUGUCCAGCGCCAUGGCGGCGAAGAAGAACCGGUGCCAGCCGAGCGGCGCGGAGAAGCAGCCCAACGGCCGUCUGGCCAAGGUGAAGGGUCACCAGAGCCAGAAGCACAAGGAGCGCAUGAGGCUCCUGCGGCAGAAGAGGGAAGCGGCAGCCCGGAAGAAAUACAACCUGCUGCAGGACAGCAGUACGAGCGACAGCGACCUGACCUGCGACUCCAGCACCAGCUCCUCAGACGAUGACGACGAGGUGUCGGGGAGCAGUAAGACAAUCACCACUAACCUCCCAGCUGGCUUUGGCCGUGCCGAGGGAUCUUCAGGAGUGAGCAGUCAAAUUCAGGGCCUGCUGGACAGCGGAGCGGCCUGGGACCGGAACAGCAUUGGGAAUGUUCUGGAAGAGGCCAUGACGCGCUUUGCCGUGAUGCAACGGCAGACGGAGGAGCGCUUCCGCGUGUGGAUGGAGAAGCUCACGCGACUGGACUCGGACGAAGACUCCUCAAAGAACUCCAGCGACCCCCGGGAGCCCAGAAGGCACUCGGGACGCCACAGGGGCCCACGCCCUUCCCCGCCCAGCUCCUUCCUGCCGUCCUCCGAGUCGCAGGAAACACUGGCGUCGUACGGGAUAACCAGGCAGAAUGUCGCUGUGGUGCCGCUCCCCCUCAACAAUAACCCGCCCCAAAUGAUUUCCCAAAAUGGAAACCCUUCCGCCGAAGACCCUAAUCUUUUAAACGUUUAAUAAUGAUGUCUACUGGAGUGAAAGCAGAAUGCAGUCCAAUAAAAUCCACAGGUUACACUCCUUUUUCCUCCCAGGAUUAGAUCCCAAACAGUGUUGUAUUCUACACUUCCAUCACUUUGUAGACGCACAGAAGCUGAGGAAUAUAUGCGAGAAAAUGAUCACCUCUGUCCUGCAGAUAUUUUGCCGCCAUUCCAGAAUGUGAUGAAAAUGCUUACAGCCACUACACUGACACUGUGAAUCUCUAUAUCAGUGAAGGCAUUUUGAUUUCAUGAAAUGAAAAACCUUAUUGGUUUAUUACAAGUUCUACAUGGUUUCAUACUAUAGAACCAGGACUUUGUGUUGUGUUUUAAGAGAACACUGACAGUUUUUGACUGAAAAUACACCUUAUCAGUGUUUAUUCAACUUGCUCAGGCUUUUAUGUACACAUGGCAAAUUCACUGUGCUCUUUCUGAAUUUGAAUUUCAAUUGAAAACAUUAACCUAUGGGAUGAAAGAUGCUGGAUUUGUGCCAGAAAUUGGCCUUUACAUCCUGCUAGAAAUAAUCAAUGACUCAUCUGAAGGUGGACUGUGCAAAUAUCAUUUUGGAGCUGCUGUUGCAAGAACUUGCUGUGAGUGAUUUGUCUCUCUGGCAGUUUUUAUUCAUCAGGUACUAAUGAAAGGUUUUCAGUCACCUUUAGACCUUGGAUAAAAAGAGGAUUUUUAAUCGCAUGGGAACCUGCGGCUAAAUGCAAGACAGGGGCAGGGGGAAGUCCUGCUUGUGGUGUGGGGAAGCCCUUUGCACGUGCCUUUAUAAAUGAAAAUCCCAAUGGUAAUGUGUGAAAAUAAGUGUGCCAUUAAGCAAGAGUUACUUUCAAGCAUUUCACGGACUACUGAUUCUUGGGCAGCAGCCCUCUGUUUUAGAGUGUUGCUGCGUUAGCCGGAAAGUCACUUGUUUAAUUUAUAGAAUUGUUAGUGCUUCUUUUGUUUUUAUUAAAAUCAUAAGUUUUAGAAUUUACAUAGAAAUGUUGGCAAUAUAUUCCGGCCCCCUCCCGGUGUGUUCAUUGUGAAAAUCCAGCAUGCUCUCUCACACAAUACACUAAUCCAGUCCUGUAGUAUGGCCCAGGUGCCAGAGCUGGCCAAUGGCCGUGCAUCUCUGCUGCGGCCUGCCUUCGUUUCACAGGUCUAUAGACUGGCAACAACACUUAAAUGUUCAUUGCAACUUCACUCUAUACUUCACUCUAUACUUACUAGACUUCUCCUUUUGGCAUGUGCUGGAUAAAUGCACAUUACUCUCAAGAUGCAGUAGGGUUUCGACUGACCCUGUCAAGAAUUCUUAGCCACUUUCUUUUGUGUUCAUGAUUAGACCUACUUUAUUGCUGAUGGGCCACCUGUUUUGAGCUGUCUAAAGCCCAAAUACAGAACACGGAAUUCACUGGAUUGAAUUAUUUCAGAGAGUCUGGAAUCGUUCUUAAUCAUUUAAAUGACCCUUGCGUUGUUUUUUUUUUGUCUCCUAUGGCCUGCCUUGCCAAGCAUUCUCUUGAAAUUUGCUCCCUCUCAUUGGCACUAUUGAAAUAGUUGAAAAGCGUGAGUUCUGUACUGUAACUGUCACUCUGGUCCAGGGCAACUUGCACAGCCUUUGUGAAUAGAGAGGAUCAAGGGUUCCAACCGUAAUAUACCAACCCCCCACCAGGGCACAUACGUUUUUAUGGAGAUAUUCUACAUUUAUUUUCCCCAAUAUUUGUGUCUGUGUUGGUACAUGUGGAGGGAGUGGUGUUUUUCUUUGUUUGAAGUUCAUUCUGAAAGUUUUUUUAUUUUUAUUAAUGUAGUUGAGUUAUACCAUUUCUGCAAUGUCUCUCUCUUGGGCUAAUGCAUGAAAAAGUAAAACCACGUAAACUGAAAUCACUUGAAGGAAUUGAUAUCAAAUCCCAUGUUAAUUGUAGCCUUGGAUUGCUCUGAAGUUUCUGUCAUUAGGAACCGUUUAUUAUGUCUAAUCAAUGUGCUUGUCGGAGCAAGUUUACUUAAAAUGCAGGAUUUCUUUUGUAUCAGUUAUGUGGUCUUGUGGGGUGGAGCACGUUUCAUCUUCUGAUUGGCUGCUUGUAUUGAUUUUUCCCAUUAAAGUAAUGCUGCAAAGUCUUCUGACAUGCCUCCACGGUUAUUCACAUGGAAUUGCAUAGUAUUCAAGGUACAGGGCUCACCGGUUAAAAGCAGAGGAUGCUAGUAAGGAUUUAGUGUCGUUUCUCUUAUUUGACGCCACUAAUUUAGAAUUAAUUUCCCUCUAAAUAAAAUUAAAUCAUCUUUAAUUCUCUUGUAUUUUUGUGUUGUGUGAGUUGCCCUAUGCCUUAGUCACAGUCACAGAGAUCCAUGGGGCUUAUUUUUCAAAAAUGUGUCCAUCGAUGUAUGUUAAUCAACACUGAAUUAAUACACCCUGAAAGCUUAUGUAGGUUUCUAGAAAUAAAUUAUGAAUUUUGUGCAUUGAGGCAGAGGCAUGUCUGUAUUUAGACUCAAGUGGUUUUCUCAUAAUUGAACAUUUAAGUGAAGCUAGUGGUUGCCAUAUAGGACCAGAAUUAAUAGGCUGCAUUUUAGUUGGGAUCUAAAAUUUCUUCACUCUACAUAUUGUCUGAAUUUUCAGAUUAUGUUGCCUAAGAAUUUGUGAUGGUGCAUUUCAUAGCUUUUCUUUUUCCCCCCAAAUGAACAAAAUGGUCCCUUACUCUUGCUGUCUUGCCAUCAUGAAAUGGAACAUCUGACAUAGUCAGACCGAUAUAUCGGAGCAGUUACACAGACCUCAAUUAAGCUUAGUCCCAGACUGAAUUUUUGAAUGGAUAUUCCAUAUAAAACUUGAGGACUAGGACUAAUCUGUCUCUGAAACUGGCCCAUAGACUAAAGGCUGCUUUGAAAGCCAUGAACAUACGUACAUCCAUUCAACAUGUUCCGUUCCUGUUCAGUAAUGAGUGAACUGGCAUUCUCUUAUGCUAACCUGAGACCUGGUAUAUCCUGCUAUGUGCUGCAUGUUAAAGAAAACCACGGCCAUUUCAAAUGGAACAAACUGCACAUCACUGCAGCGCAAAGUCAGAAAAUGCAUACAUGCAUGUUUUCUUUUUGUUGCCUUGAAAUGUGGCAUGUUUUGCUUAUGAGCUUAAAAUCAACAUUAAAGUUUCAACUUUAACUAUUGGACCAUAGUGCCAGAAUUAUAACUUGAUGUACCGAGCACAUGGAUUAAAAUUCAUCUUUCUUCUUUUUAUUUUUAUUUUUCCCCCUGUUGAGUUUUUCCAAUCAGUCUACUUGGCCUCGUCCCAUUCUGAAUGCCAGGGAAAGUGGUAGCCUGAUGGUUUCCACAGUCCUGUUUUCAUUUCGUAUUUGUUCUCUUUGAGAAUGUUUGGUGUUACCAAAGAAGUGUUGCCAAACUUGAGUGUCACUCGCUCUGUGGAUGACUUUGUAAUGAGCUGUAGCGUUUUGGUUCUAACGCUAAGCUGUCUUUGUGUCAACACCUCUGUGCAAGACUGAUUGUUACUCUGCAAUUAUACAAUGUUAAGGCAUGUAGUCUGCUUAAAGGUAUGGCGAAUUUAGGUUUGCAAUCUAAUGGGAUUCCUAAAACAGGGUAUAAUAGACUGCUACAGCCAAAGCAUGCCCUGGAUAUCACACUUUAAAAAUGCUGCUUAAACUUUUCAUGUAGAUACUUCAUUUCUUGUUUUCCAAUGCUCUUUUAAACUCUAAAGCUGUGUCAUUCCAUUCCUUGUGGUUGGAUUUGACAUUUGGAAAUUCAUCUGAACUGCAGUUUAAUUAUGCCGGUUCUUUGAUUGAAAUGAAUGUAUUUGGGGUUCUCUUUGGACAACACCUGAUGUACAUGGAAAUUGGAUAGUUUUUCAUAUGCAGCUGAGCUGACUGUAUGCUUUAAGGUUUUGUUUUGCUUGUGAGUAAUGAAUGUUUUGUCUUUAAAUGGUUACUGUAAGGGUUUUCAUAAAAUAAUAAAUUGGGACAGUGCUUUUUUUAAAUGUAUCCUGUCAUCACUUGAAAGCCAUUUUGCAAUUGUGUAUUUGGCAGAAUUGAGAUCAAAUUGUUCUUGCAGUUAAUCCAUUUCAAUUCAUUACCCAUUUGUGAUGGUCUACCCCUAAGCAUGGUAAUUUGGUUUCCAAAGUAUAAGCAUAAAGGUUUUUACACCUGACUAUGUAGAAGACAGGUGCUGGAGAUGUGCAAAAACCAGAAAUGGAACCAUAAACUCUGCAAUACUGUCUCUUGCUGUGCUUGGAACCUUUAUUAAUGUGAAAUGAUCUUCAUUCAAUCAAUAAUAGUUGCAAGCACAGCAUGAGGUGGUGUUGUACACUUCGGCUUUCAACAUGGAACCGAACAAGCCUGCCAGUGAAAGCGGUAGCCUGUGUGUACAGCAGACCUUGAUCGAUAGGGAGAAGAGGGUCUUUUUGUUUGAAAGUCCUUACAGUAACUUGCCUGUCGUGUUUACACCAAAGUGUUUACAAGAGAUGACUAACUGCUGCCUUCUCUUUUGUUGUCAUGGCAUUCGAUUUUUGCUGGUUUGGUCGCAUCCGAGGGAUCUUUUAGUUUGUUUGGUUUCAAGAAAAUGCAGAAGAGCGUAACACUGUCUUUUGAUUCAUGAGUGAAGGAUAGGGUGUGUUCAUUUGGCCAUUACAUUUUUUUUUUUUUUCUUCUUCUUCAUGCAGUGUGUAUAGACCUGUAAAAUUAACUCCCAGUAAAUAAAGUUCAUUUUGAAAUGUAA